GUUUAAAAAAAGUCGGUUAGGUGCGGGAGUGGGCCAUCAGUGCACAGGCGAUUACUCUAUCGAGCAUGCUGAACGACAGCCUGCACUGGGAAGCCAGGAUACUUCCAGCCGGUCCGCCACGUCUACUGGCUUGGAAUGUACCUCCUGAGGAGUUGAUUCACAUACCAGAGCAUUGGCUGGCCUAUCCCGAACCAAAACCCGCAUUUCAUUAUCUUCUGGCUCUUGUAUACAUAGGAUUUACUUUUGUUUCACUCCUGGGCAAUGGUCUUGUCAUAUGGAUAUUUGGUGUUGCAAAAUCACUGCGAACCCCAUCAAAUAUGUUUGUGAUAAACCUGGCAUUCUGCGAUUUUAUGAUGAUGUUGAAAACUCCCAUUUUCAUUUACAACUCCUAUCACAAUGGCUUUGCUCUUGGUAAUCUUGGAUGCCAAAUUUUUGGUGUUAUGGGAACACUGUCAGGAAUUGGCGCAGCGAUUACAAAUGCAGCUAUAGCAUUCGACCGAUACAGGACAAUUGCACGACCCCUGGAUGGAAAACUAUCCAAGGGCCAUGUGCUAUUAUUCAUCGUACUCAUUUGGGUUUAUGUGAUACCCUGGGCUCUCAUGCCAGUCAUGGGUGUAUGGGGAAGAUUCGCCCCAGAAGGAUUUCUCACAACCUGCACCUUCGAUUACCUCACAGACACGGCUGAGACCCGUUACUUUGUUGGAACAAUCUUUACAUUUUCAUAUGUUAUACCAAUGUUGCUCAUUAUUUUUUAUUAUAGCCAAAUUGUCAGUCACGUAGUGAAUCAUGAGAAGAGCCUUCGGGAGCAGGCGAAAAAAAUGAAUGUCGAGAGUCUCAGGAGUAAUGCCAAUACUCAUGCACAAUCGGCCGAGAUACGAAUAGCCAAGGCUGCAAUUACUAUUUGCUUUCUAUUCGUCGCUUCGUGGACGCCAUAUGGAGUGAUGGCCAUGAUUGGUGCAUUUGGCAACAAGAGUCUCUUGACCCCAGGUGUAACAAUGAUUCCCGCGUGCACUUGUAAAUUUGUGGCAUGUCUAGACCCGUAUGUUUACGCCAUAAGUCAUCCAAAAUACAGAUUGGAGCUUCAAAAACGUUUACCUUGGUUGGACCUUCAGGAAGCACCACCACCAUCAGACACAGCGAGCAGCACCACAGAAGUAGUGAAUUCACCCAAUUGAACGAAUACGAAUCAACCAUUAUGUCGAUUGAUUGAAUCCCAAUUUUGAUUUUUAAUGUUCACUCGAUCAAUUGUAAUAAAGAAUUUCCUGGCAAUA